AUGAUACCCAAUAUGUCAUGUGGUUUGGAAUCAAAUUAAGACUUUAAAAAUUUACCAAUUUUAUCAUUUCUCAAAAAUUAAUAGAAGAAAUCAAUUUAAUACAUAAAAUUUAGGAUUCAAACUGUAAUAAUUCAUAAAAGCUUUGCUGAAUAUCAAGUAUUUUUAUUUUUAACUAUUUUUUAAGAUUAAAGUAAAUGAAUAUGGAAAAAUAUGGAUUAUGGAAACGCGCUAUACUACUCUAUAGCAAUUAUAUCAAAAACUCAAAAAAAAUUUUGGUAUUAAGUUGACAUUUCCUUCUAAACUUUUGUUUGGUAAUCUUUGCCCAAAAAUUCUGAAAAAAAGAGCAAUAAAAAUUUAAUAGUUUUUAAAAGAAUUAGGCAGGUAUUAGAUGAUUCAUAAAUUAUAGUAAUUAUUAACUCAUAAAUUCCUAUGAGUUUACUUAAUUUUUGACUAACAAAAUAUGUUCUGGAACUUAAAUUAUUGAUUUUACUUAAUUAGAAGAAUUCUAAUUAGAUGCUUGA